GCUGCUGCUGCUGAUGCUGCUGCUGAUGCUGCUGCCUGGAGUUCAUGGUAAAGGCACUUGCUGCACCGCGAGGCCUGGUUUCCAUGGUGUCAUACCCAGCGUCUCUCUGCGACUGAGGCACGCCAUUCUCCUCCCUGCGGCUAAAAUGUGCUGCUUAUUCUGACUCAGGCUAUUGUGGCAGCUCACAAGUGGCUCUCUGAGGAGAGGGGUAUGGGGAGAGAAAGGGUGGGGUCAAGGUUCAAACGAAAGGCUCUCAUCAGGACUCCCUUUCUGUUAUCAAAUUUGUUGAGACACAAAAAGGGCUACAGUCUCAUUCCCAAGAGCAUCUUGAGGGAGUGAAAAGGAGGUUAUAGGACAGCAUUCUUUGUGGAGCAGCCUCAGUUCUGCAGCUCUGCUCCACAGGCAAACUCUCAGCUUCCACACACAACUGCUGAUUCCUGCUCCUCAAGCAACGAACCCUCUCUUCUGUCUCAAGUCAUCAGGAGCUCUUGGCCAACCCAAUGGAGUCCACUACCAUGGAGCUGUCCCUGUCCCUGUUGUCCAAUCAGUCGGAGACCUGUGCAGCAGUGGAGACCACAGCUGAGAACACUUUAUUUGGAUGUUUCUACAUCCUGGUUUUCUUCCUGGCGUUGAACGGUAACAGCCUGGCUCUCUGGAUCUUCUGUCAUCAGCGCGGCACAUCUUCCCCGGCGAAUGCAUUCUUGAUGCAUCUUGCUGUGGCAGACCUGUCAUACGUGAUCAUCCUCCCACUGAGGGCCACGUACCAUCUCACCGGAGGCCACUGGCCCUUUGGUGAGGUUCCCUGCAGAGUUGUUGGCUUCUUGUUUUACGUCAACAUGUACGCCAGCCUGUACUUUCUGGCCUGCGUGGCAGCAGACCGUUACCUGGCUGUGGUUCAUGCCGUGAGGUCGCUGAAGGUCCGUCGGGCCCGCUAUGCUCAUAUCAUCAGCUUCUGUCUCUGGGCCCUAGUUACUGUCUCCAUGGCGCCAUUGCUGGUCACCCACCAGACUGCAGAGGUGGACGGUGUGACCGUGUGUCUGCAGCUUUACAGAGAGAAAGCGUCGCGUAAUGCUCUGAUCUCACUGGCUGUGGCCUUCACUCCGCCUUUCCUCGCCAUCCUCUCCUGCUACAUGCUCAUCAUCCGCAGCCUGCAUCGGGGCUCCAGGUUAGAGCCGGCCGUCAAACUGAGGGCCCUGCGGACCAUCAGUGUGGUCAUACUCAUCUAUGUGGUCUGUUUCCUGCCUUAUCAUGUGAGCAGAGCCACCUUCAUCCUCGGGUACAACCACCCGGACUCGUCCUGUCAGACACGGCGAGGCCUGAGCCUGGCCAACCGCCUCACCUCCUUCCUCACGUGUCUGAACGGUGCUAUGGACCCGUUGGUCUACGUGUUCGGGGCCAAGAAGUUCCGCGAGACUCUAAGACAAAUGUUUUGCAAAAAUAAGGCAGGAUUAUCAGGAGCCACCAGUGGAGAGUUGAAAGGAACACACGAGAGCUCCAUAACUGCCAAGUCAGAGUUCUGAUGAAUUCAGAAUCCAACUCAAGCACUGUGUGGACUGAAAGCUUCUACAUCCCAACCAAAGUUAGUCUGACUGUUGCUUUUGCCAAACAAAAGGCAGGGACUUUUUCUUCCAUGUGGUUAAUAAGCCACAGUAAAUAUCUUAUCCCAAAACCAAUGUCCACCCUAUAAAACUUUUCAUUCCCCACUCAAAUGAACUCCUACAUAUUUAAAAGUUUGAAUUUCCUUUUUUUUUUUUAUCAUAGAGCACAAAAGACAAGAUGUCGCAGUAAGAUGAUUUUUGGGAGUUAAAACAAGAAGUAUAUUUUUUUAUGGGCCCUUUUUAAUGUUAGAUACUUUGACUGAUCAAAAAAGACAGAAAGCACAAGUGUAAAUAAUCAAAUGAAAGAUGGAAUUCGUUUCACUUUUCUGACUUACAUAAGUAAACAGAGUCUCCAUCAAUGUCAUCGCUAUAAUCUGCAGCUCUUUCUGCUAAAGCAUAUUAACCUGCCCGAUGUGAACAAGGCCAUUAAAAUGCAUGUAAAACAUCACAAAAAUGGCAAAAUAUGGGGCUUUUUGGAAGCAAACAACAAACAAUUAAUUUCAGUUUAAGACAUUUCUGCAAUGUGCAUUAAUGUUUAAAAAGUCAACCAGAGACCCUGAAACAUAGAUUAUAUUACAUGGAUUGUAACAUGUGAUUUUCUUAAGCCUGUGAGUUUUGUCCUUGGUCAAAGAACUUGACCAAAGCAUUUUACACGACCACUCACUCGGCCUUUGUCAACCAACACACCAUCAAGUUCGGAUUAGGACUUAUGAAAAAUAAUAUCUGACAAAUGUACUGUACAUAGAUAACCUUUACUACAUAUUUGUAUCAAACUAAUUUAGCUUUCUUUAUUCUGAGCUAAAAGCUAACGUCAACAUUUAUCUCAGAAACACAGUUUCCUCCACACGCAGCCUCAGAGCUGGAGACUCUUUGCAAAGCUGUGCCAAGAACAGGAAGUUGAGAAACGCCCAGCUUUUCAAAUGGCAGUGAAAGCACCAGCAAAUCAUAUUGAUUUUAUAUAUAUUUAUAUUGAAAAGACUUAACAAUCCUAAAAACGUGUGUUAAUCUCCAACAAUUACCAGGGAAAUGUCUAAAAUCUCCAUAUUUAACAGAGGAGUUUUGGUGUUUUUAGCGACAGCACUGCUAAUUGCGAGCGGCGACACAAACCCUGCCGCUGUGUUUCAGUCCAGUGAUUGUGUCAGACGGAGUCUGUGCUCCAGUCACGGAGGAAGUUACUGAACAAAUAUGUUUAAUGAACUGAUUCCAGUGAUCCGGUUACAUUGAGAACAACUGCGUUACAAGUCACUCGUUUGUGUCGUGUGUAAAACAAAGUCACAGCAGUUUCAUGCAGCUGUGCAGUCAUGACUCCGCCCAUGUUGAGCAGGUACUAUUUUUGUUGUGGAAAACUCACUGUAGUUUUGCACGGCCGUGCUAUGACGUACUGGAAAACGACGAGUCUGAGACCCAAACCGAGUAGAGUCGAGUUGAGCCAGAGUCGUGCUACAACUGUAUCAUGGAAAAGCUCCAUUAGACCUUAGACUAACUACCUUAAAUCUGAACUAAAAGCUAAUGUUUCUACUGCAGCACUCACCGACAAACUGGCCAGAGUGUGUGUGUUUGUUGUUUGGAAGCAGAAGCUGACCAUGCAAAUGCAUAAAAACUACAUUUGUAAUAUGUAAAGGUCGUAACUAAGAAGAUCCACUGGGUUUAUUUAUCAAAGCAGCAGCAUUGAGUAGAAAAGGCUGAACCAGCGUGGCAAACCUGACUCUUAACAUCGUUAAGAUAAAAACACACUCGUAAGUAAUUAAGAGACUAAGUACAGCCAUUUUUGACCUUAAAUUAUUUUAGUUAAACUAAGUAAUGUGGAGAUGAAGUGACCUGAAUACACGAUGCGAUUCACACUCUGUGCUUAGACUUAACAUAACAUAAUGUCUUUUUAUCUAAGGUGUUUUUUAGAAUCCAACCACAAAUGCAUGUAUAUAUAUUUUCCAUUACUGACAAAUCUUGAUUGUACAUACAAUAUUUUCCUCAUUAUCCAGCUUCCUAACUCUCUUUUGAUAUCCAUUUAUUGUUCUGCCCAUGUUCUACUGUGACGUGUAUGAUAAACUAUUCAUUCUUAUUUUACUGUGAGUAAUAUUUUGUAACCACUAUCUACAAAAAAUAAUGUUUGAAACAGAAAGAUAUGGUUCGCAUGCUGUUUAAAGUGUCUUUACAAGUUGUUAAUUAUUGUUUUUUAUUAUUAUUAUUUUUGUAAAACCUCUUUGCAGAUUAAAUAUCACAUCUGACAAA